AUGAUACUCAUAUCUGCGGCAGCAAAGUCGGGAUCGUGCAUUGUCGAUGCUCCUGGAGAGGCUGGCGAUCGUCUGCUUGACGCAGCUGCCUGCUGGAAUCAUACAGAUAGGCCAGAUGCCAUGCUGUCAAUAAUAGCUCCUGAAGAUCACGUGGUCACUGAUAAGGAUAAUAUUGAUGGGAAAACAGGGAUUAGAGGAACGGAGGAGAUGUGUUGUUGGUUGCCUCGAAGUCCAGUCACAAAAGCUCAGAUAACCGACCCGAAGACUGGCUGGAUGAGUGAAGAACAGUUCAAGAUAUCGCUUCGUGGUAUUCCCGAUGGUCUGGGCAAGUGCUAA